GGUCAGCUGAUGAAGGCAGGAGCUGGAGAACCCAGAAGCCGGGCGGUGGGGAGGCUCUAGACUUGAGCUGUCGCCUGCCUCAGCACACCAGCUCCCUCCCUCCCUCCCUCCGAAGCCAUGGUCUGGAGGAAGCUGGGCUCCAGCAACUUCUCCAGCUGCCCCAAUGGCUCCAGCCAGUGGAUAUGGGACGUGUUUGGCGAGUGUGCCCAGGAUGGCUGGGACAAGGCCAGCGUGGGCCUGGGCUUGAUCUCCAUUCUCUGCUUUGCUACGUCCACCCUCCCCCAGUACAUGAAGGCCUGCAAGACGGGCAACAUGGACCAGGCCCUGUCCCUGUGGUUCCUCCUGGGCUGGAUCGGCGGAGACUCCUGCAAUCUCAUUGGCUCCUUCCUUGCUGACCAGCUGCCCCUGCAGACCUACACAGCCGUGUAUUACGUCUUGGCCGACAUGCUGAUGCUGUCGUUGUACUUUCAUUACAAGUUUAAGAAACGCCCCUCUCUGUGGUCUGCCCCCAUCAAUUCUGUGCUGUUGUUCAUCUUGGGGGUGGCGUGUACCACCCCACUGCUGAGCAGCGCUGGCUCGGUGGCUGCCCCCAGGGAGGUCUUCCGGGGGCGGACGCUCUUGUCUGUGGAGCCGGGCAAUAAGCCCUUCACGCAGCAGGAAAUCAUUGGCUUCGUCAUCGGCUCCGUGUCCAGCAUGUUGUACCUGCUGUCCCGGCUGCCUCAGAUCCGCACCAAUUUCCUGCGGAAGUCAACCCAAGGGAUCUCCUACUCGCUGUUCGCCUUGGUGAUGCUGGGGAACACGCUGUAUGGGCUGAGCGUGCUGCUAAAAAACCCCGAGGUAGGCCAGAGCGAGGGCAGCUAUGUGCUGCACCACCUGCCCUGGCUCGUGGGCAGCCUGGGCGUCCUGCUGCUCGACACCAUCUUCCUGAUAUACAGGGAUGCCGCCACCUCAUCAGAGCGCCAGCCACUCCUCCCCAGCUGAGCAGGACCCAGGCCAAGCCCAGGAUGACAGGGACCUGCAGAUGCCACACUCAGGAAGGGAGAAGUAUGGGCAGUGACGGUGCUGCCGA